GCGCUCGCUGUGAAUCGGGCUUUGUGCGCUGCAGAGGGGGGCCGGGGGGGACGCGCGGUCCAGCCGAACAAAGGCCGGGGGGAGGCGUGGAGAAAACCCAGGCGAGCCGCCGCAGCCGCCCCCUGUUGUCGCUCGCGCUCUCUCGCUGCAGCCCAGCCGGCUCCUGCAGCCCCAGCGGCUCCGCUUCCCCCCCACCCCCGUCGCUGCGCCAGCAUGACCGCCAACGGGACCUCGGCGCCGCUCCAGAUCCAGUUCGGGCUUAUCAACUGCGGCAACAAGUACCUGACGGCCGAGGCCUUCGGCUUCAAGGUGAACGCCUCGGCGCCCAGCAUGAAGAAGAAGCAGAUCUGGACGCUGGAGCAGGACGGCGACGACUCCAACGUGGUCUUCCUGAAGAGCCACCUGGGCCGCUACCUGGCGGCCGACAAGGACGGCAACGUGAGCUGCGAUCGGGAGCAGCCGGCCGCCGACUGCCGCUUCGUCAUCCUGGCCCACGACGACGGGCGCUGGUCGCUGCAGUCCGAGCCCCACAAGCGCUACUUCGGCGGCACCGAGGACCGCAUCUCCUGCUUCGCCCAGACCGUGUCGGCGGCCGAGAAGUGGAGCGUGCACAUCGCCAUGCACCCGCAGGUGAACAUCUACAGCCUGACCAGGAAGCGCUACGCCCACCUGAGCGCCAAGCAGGAGGAGAUGGCGGUGGACCGCGACGUGCCCUGGGGGGUGGACUCCCUCAUCACCCUGGUCUUCCAGGACCAGCGCUACAGCGUCCAGACCUGCGACCACCGCUUCCUCCGCCACGACGGCCGGCUGGUGGAGAAGCCCGAGAAAGGCACCGGCUACACGCUGGAAUUCAGGUCCGGCAAGGUGGCCUUCCGGGACGGCGAGGGACGCUACCUGGCCCCCUCCGGGCCCAGCGGCACCCUCAAGGCCGGCAAGAGCACCAAGGUGGGCAAGGACGAGCUCUUCGUGCUGGAGCAGAGCUGCCCCCAGGUGGUCCUGAGAGCCGGCAACGAGAGGAACGUGUCCACCAGGCAAGGGAUGGACCUUUCAGCCAAUCAGGAUGAGGAGAGUGACCAAGAAACCUUUCAACUGGAGAUUAACAAGGACACCAAGAAGUGUGCCUUCAGGACCUAUACUGGGAAAUACUGGACCCUCACCUCCAACGGUGGGAUACAGUCCACUGCCUCAACAAAGAAUGCCAGCUGCUACUUCGACAUCGAAUGGUGCGACAAGCGCAUCACCCUGAAGGCUGCAAAUGGCAAGUAUGUCACGGCGAAGAAGAACGGACAGCUCGCAGCCACUGUUGAGGCAGCAGGUGAGACAGAACACUUUGUGAUGAAGCUGAUUAACAGGCCAAUCAUUGUCCUUCGUGGGGAACACGGCUUCAUCGGCUGCCGCAAGGUGACUGGGACCCUGGACUGCAAUCGUUCCUCCUACGAUGUCUUUCAACUGGAGUUCAAUGAUGGUGCAUACAAUAUCAAAGAUUCCACUGGGAAAUACUGGAUGGUGGGAAGUGAGUCCUCGGUCACCAGCAGCAGCAAUACGCCAGUGGACUUCUUCUUCGAGUUCUGCGACUAUAACAAAGUGGCUAUCAAAACCAACGGCAAAUACCUGAAGGGUGACCAUGCUGGUGUCCUCAAGGCUUCCACCGAUGCAAUCGACCCCUCCACCCUCUGGGAAUAUUAAAUGCACUUUAGCUCCCUUCUUGCCAAUUUUUUGUUUUGUUUUUUGUUUGGUUUCUCUUUCUCUGUAAAAGGAUUUUCAGACUGGCUUGCUGCUCCCUCCUGCCAUAGAAUCAAUGCAAUUUGUUGGAGGUUGGUCUUCCUUAUCUCUUAAAACUGGAUAAUGACCUAGGGAAAAUGCAACCUGUCUAUAGAGCUAGUGGUGACUUUCCUUGAGUUUGUGUUGGGCUUGGAAAUUGUAGUUGCCAUCCUCCACCCUGGCUCUGAGCAUCACCUUUGUUGUCCUCUUCCUCUAAAACUAAAGGGAAUAAGAUCCCCUCUGCUCUCUUGUGCCAUAUUGGAGUGCUGGCACCGUAUCUCAAUCUCCACUGCCAAUGCCUGUGCUGCUGUCAAGCAAGGGCUAACUUGAACAAAGCUGGAGAAUCUUGAGUGCCAGCAUCCCACACUCCUGGUAUUUGCUCAGACCAAGGGAGGUGAGAUGGGUUAUGUUAAAUCCCUGUCUGAUUAGAUGUGCUCUCCACCGUUCCCAGCAUUGGGAAGAAACUUUGUCCUUUUCUCCCCACUUGGCUUAUGAUGGAUAAAUACCUUCUGCCCGAGUGGGGGCAGAAGAGGUGUUCUAGCAUAUCAUACCCAGCCCAUCAAGGGGCUGGUUUCAGCCAGCAAAACAGACCUCGGCUGCAGGACUAGCAAGCUUAACUCUCAGAACUGGAAAGACAUGCAGGGGGUUCACCUAGAAACUCUCCUAAGGCCAAUCAGUUUAGAAGGCUUCAGACUCCCAGCCCUAUCAAUGGGAUUCUCCUUGUGCCCCAGGUGUGCGUCUUAAGUAUCAAAGGAGCUUCUUGGAGCCUCUCAAGCAGGUUCUAGCACAUCUCACUGAGACAAGUAGCUGAGAGGCUAAUGAAGCUGCCUUAGAGCUAACCCUAGACUUUUGGAAGGGGACAGGCUUUUUUGAAUUGAUAUCAACGGAUGCUGUGAGUGGACACGUUGAGCGAGAUUAGUAGCAACCCUCUGGCUCGCCUCUCUGUGUACAACUGGGGAAGACUUCCUCUCCAAAAAACUUCUCCCUGCCAGCCAGGCUGGGAAUUGGAUUUCCCAGUGGCUGUUU